UGCAGUUCAUGGCAUGCAUAUCAGAUGCGUCCACAUGGUGUAUGCAUCUGUUAUGUAUGCCCUUCUAGUCUGGUUUAUAUGAAUUAGGAAGAAGGGACAGGCAGAUUAGUCUACUUGUGAGACCUGAGCUAUGUAAUAAUUUGUCAUACUAAUUUUAGCAUAGUUCUUAUAGCUGCGUAGAAAAACAACCAUAAGAACAAGAAUAACUUUAUACUGGAUUAUUGUACAGCUGUUAUACAGUAUUCGUUUCACUGUCCCUCUUACGUUUCUGUUGUAGACUAGUCUAGUAACCUAAUCGACAAACGUGUCGACAUGUCGUGUGAAGGAACAACGGAUGACCAAAUUGGAGAGGCAGUCUUGAUCGGAGUAAUAAAGGACCAGGUAAGGCACAUAACUUGUGAAGGAAACAUCCCCCCACUGCGCCUUCCUGACAUGAAACCAAUAACCAACGAGAAUGAUCAGAUGUUAGUAGAUCAAAUCGCAGAGACGAUCAGAGUUAUUGGUGAUCGGCUCGAUCAAGAUCCAAGAUUUAAUGAUAUGAUGGAUGGAUUGGGACGUGUGGCUGAUAAAAGCUGUUUCUGGAAGCUGGUGGAGAAUGUCUUCAGCAAUGGACAGAUUAACUGGGGAAGAAUUAUUGUGCUGUUCUACUCAGUAGGAAAACUGUCUGCAAAGAUGGUCCUAGCGCGAUUGCCUGCAGUGGUCUCAGACAUACUUUCUUUGUGUCUGGACUUCUUCAGGAGAAAGCUUUUGGACUGGAUCUGCAACAUGGGAGGAUGGAUUAACAGCAUUUCCGAACUGGCCCGUUUCGCCAUUGAACAAGUUUCUACUUCCUCCAUCAGAACCAUCUCGCCUUCUGUAGCACUGGGCCUGGUUUUCAUCAGUGGAAGUACUUCUGGAGACGCUCAUCAGUUGGAGAUGAACAGAAUCAGCUGAGAGAGACAGAAAGACAGCAAGAUGGUGGGGGGGUAGAGAGAGAGAGAGCGUGAGUGAGUGAGUGAGUGCAUGUGGGAGGGGCUGACAGAGCAGGUGAUGGGGUGAGUGGCAGAGGCUGGAUGAGGCAGGCUGGCGUGGCUAAUGGAAACCGGGUAGAAAGAGUGAAGCAAAGUGAAAGAAUGUAACCGCUCAAGACAAGAACAGGGGAUUCCUGUUGGGAUCACAUUCGUUUCCUAUGUUGGAGAACGCUGACACAGUGCCAAACCUACAAAUAUCCAUUUUGCCAUAUGUCUGUUUUAUAUACAUUUUAAUGUCAAUUAUUUUAUCUUUUUUAAUUAACAUGAUUCAAUUUGUGUAUUUGGAAAAUUGUGAUCAGAGGAAAAGGGUUGACUGAGUAAGACUUCUUUAUAUGUUAUACAGUCUUCACAGUAUCACUAUCACAUCAGAAACCUCUUUGAUAACUCUCAGGUAUUAAGAAUCUUCAACCUCUACCUCAUCCUUAAGUAGAGUACUGUACCCUAAAAGAUCCUUAAGGGUUUCGUUGGGAGCUCUUGCGUUAUACUGAAUUGUGACGUGUUAUUUUUUUCAGGACAAAAAAAAUUGUGCAUAUGUUCCUGGUGCCCUUGCGAUUUUCACAACCAAAAGUAACAAUGGUUUACUUAUUGUUAUGUAAAAACUAUUAAAUAUACACAUACAUAUAUACACUCACCGGCCACUUUAUUAGGUACAGCUUGCUAGUACCAGGUGGGGCCGCAUUUGCCUUCAGAACUGCCUUAAUUAAGGAGGUCCAACCUGGUACUAGCAAAAUGUACACACACACACACACGAGACGGCACAACCUCACAAGAUCCUCAUCACCAGAUUACUAUUGUCACCUGUGUGUUAUUUUUGCUAACGCUACGCUAUAUAUUCUCUGCGGUCCCGUUUAUUCCCUACGAAGUAUUAUCGCUGUUCUAUAGCGUGUACUGAGCAAUUCCUCGGUGUAUAUAUCUGACUAUUACCCUCGCCUCUUUCGUGUUUACAAUUGUUGAUUAUUACGCUAUAAAUAAAACACGAUUUUAAGAUGUUACAAUAAAACACUUUAUUUUCA